AUGUUGCCGACAGGACCUUGGGUGGAUGUAGCUGUUGAUUUCCUAGGACCACUUCCGACAGGAGAAUCUAUACUUGUGGUAGUUGAUUAUUAUAGCAGAUACUACGAGUAUGCAAUCAUGAAAUCAACCACUGCAGAGAAGACGGUCAAAGCCCUGGCUGAAAUCUUUGGCAGACAUGGGUUACCUGUGACGUUAUACUCAGACAAUGGACCCCAGUUCAUCUCAGAAGUUUUCGCAGAGUACAUGAACAUUACAGGAGUUCACCACCAUCGGGUGACUCCUAAAUGGCCCCAAGCCAACGGCGAGGUCGAAAGACAGAACCAGAGUAUAGUGAAAAGGCUUAGAAUUGCACAGGCAGAAGGCAAGGAUUGGAAAGAGGCCUUGCUGACUUACGUUGCAGUCUACCGGGCCAGUACUCAUUCGACAACGGGAAAAAGCCCGGCAGAAGUGUUGUUCGGGAGAAAGAUCCGAACUAAACUACCACAAAUCCAGGACAUUAGUGAGGAUCAGGAACUGAGAGACAGAGACCUCCAAAUGAAAAGUGGUGCAAAACACUAUGCAGAUCUGAAGAGGGGAGCCGUACAUUCUGACAUAGUGCCAGGAGAUAAGGUGAUAGUAAGACGCGAUGAAAGGAGGAAACUAGACACGCCAUACUUUAACCAGCCAUACACAGUGACAGCAAGAACAGGGAGUAUGGUAACUGUGAAGUCUCCUGAAGGAGUCCUGUACAAACGGAAUAUAUCCAGUGUAAAAAGAUACAUGUCCCGAGACACUCAUAACGAAGCUGCCAAUCCAGAGAGGACAGACGGAAAUCCUGAGGCGGUGACCGGUGUUCCUGAAGGGUCGGACGGCAAUCCUGAGGCGGAGACCAGUACUCCUGAGGCGGUGACCAGAGGUCCAGACUUAGAGGCAGCAAGCAACACAUCAGGCGGUGACCAGACCCAUCAAGAUGGUGACACUCAGGCAGAGACAACAAACACCAACGUUCCUAUGGCAGCUAGUAGACCACAACGCCAGAGAAGAUUCCCUAAGCGAUAUGAUGAUUUUGUGUGA